AUGAGAUAUGGAUUUAUUAUUUUGUUAUUAUUGGUUGGAUUGCCCUUAGUUCAAUCAAAUCGAGCAAAACGACAAUGUAAGUUUUUUUUUUGCAAAACCCUCGGUCUGAAACAGACAUUCACGAGAAAUUUAAGAGUUUAAUUGAUUUUUUUAAAACAGUAUUUUGUCUAGAAUAUUCAAAAAAUAGAUCAACGAUAUUAAACAAUGCAUUUCAAGAUACAAUUUCCCAUGAACUUUGAAAUCAAAUCUCACAAAUUCAGAUUAUCUCAGAACAAAAUAAGUUUGUAACCUUGUGGGCUUUUUGAGAUUUCAAAAUUUAGUGCCAGACAAUUUAUAUAUGUAGUCGGGAAUUCUUGUAUUUUCUAGACGCUCAAAGUUCAUCAACUCAGACUUUUUCUGUUUUUUUCUAAAUUUGAACAAAAAAAUAAAUCCAAUCCUGUUAUAUGAUGCGUAAAUAAUACAACUUGCAGUAACUAUCGAUGACAUAAUCUCUGGUGCAUUGAACCUUGUCAGACCAAUUUUUGACACAUCAAAACCGAUCCGAAAUGAAGCGAUGCUUCGAAAACCGGUAACUUUUUUCACUUUCAUGGAAUAAAUCAUCAAAACAAAAAUUUUCAGGAACUACCAACUCAAGAUGACAUGAGGGACACAUCAAUUCUUGGAUCACAUACAAAAACGGUUUUGGAUGAUCUACCACUUUGUCAAGGGAAUAGCGGGUUUGUAAAUUCGAUCUUUGCCCCAAAAAUAUGAAAAAAUUCAGAAUUUGCCGCUUUAUUUCCUGUUCUGCUGAAAACUUCAAAAAAGAUCCGACGUUCGGAAACAUCCAAUUAGCGGCUCAAGUUUUGGGAGAUGCAAAACUUCGCAAAACGAUUAGCAGGUUGGUUCUAGAAAAUGAAACUAGAAACUGGUUGAAGAGAAAUGUGAAAUUUUUUGGGGUCAACAUAAUUUUCAGAUUAGAAAACUUGAACAGUGGAUAGUUUUUAAGAAAUGUUUUAAAGCAAAAUGAAACAAAAGAAUAGUUCAGUUACUUUUUGUACUUUCCGCACCCUAUGUAAAUUUUUCCAGUAACCCCGAAGCCGUCCAAGCAGUUUGUAAAGAACAAGGAAUGGAUGAUUCUCAAUGCAAAUUAUUCUCCAAAGGUUUCCAACUCAUUGACAACUUUAUAACGACAAUUGAAAAACCGGAAGCCAAAAAACCAGGAAUGGCGGUUCAACAAGAAACAACAACUCAGCCUCCAAGUAUUCCUGAACCAAUGAUGGAUGAUCCUCAAACACCACAAGAUGAUGAGAAUAUGGUGAGAACCAAUUGCGUUUAUUCUCGAAAUAUAACAUAUUAACUUUUAGAAAUCUUGGGCUGAUUAUGAUAGUCAUGCACCUGCUCCAAUUAUGGCUGUUUCUAAUACUCAAGGCUCAAAAACCUGGAGCAGCAAUCCAGAGACCAGUGAGUUCUAAAUUUGUUUUUCUAACAAAAAAAUCUGAACAACAUUUUUUAAUGAAACAUUUUCAGAAGCCCUCCAACCACUUGAAAUUCGUAAUGAUUUGGUGUCAAGUUGGACGCCAAUCCCAUUUUUCGCACCACCAACAAUUCCGACAGCGCCACCAUUGGCGUUCAAAACUGUUCCAUCUUUUGUUCUUCCACCAAUUUUGGCGCCUGCAUUGGAUAAUGGCAUAUUUUUCUCGACGGAUAAGUUUAAUUUUAUGAAGGUGAGAUUAUUGGGAAAGUUAUGACGAAUCACGUACAAAUUUCGAAUUUUAAGAUCGAUAAUUCAAUUAAAAGAGUCCGUAGAGAUACUGAUUAUUACGAUCAAGUGGAUGAAACCAAAACUAAACCAUUAUCGAAGACUUCAACUUCCGAUUCUGAUGAUUAUUAUGGAAAUGUUGAUGAUGGUGAGAACAGAAAAGAUGACAGCGAUGAGAACGACGGAAAACCCGGAUUGAAACAAUGUAUGCAUCUUUUAGGAAUUGGAGUCUGA